UUUAAUAAGUUUGGACAAUGAUAUUAUAAUUUGUUGUUAUAAAAGCACCAUGUUAGUUGUGAUGUAGAAGUUGCAAAUAUAAAAUGCAAACUGAAGUACCUACAUUACCUGUAGUACAUUACAAUGCCCAUAAAAAUCUCAAUAGAAAACAAAAUUCUAACUUAGGAAGACCAGCAGUGGAAACGAAAGUUAAUACACCUCAUAAAAAUGUAACAUAUUUUUCAACUAAGAAGAAGAAUUUGCAUCCUUUACUUGGACGACCAUACCAAAAUAAUGUUCGACCCUGUUAUUCUUCGGAGCAAUCAAAACUUAAUAAAAACAGCAUCGAACAGAGAGUUCUGUCUGUGAAAAUGUUACGAAUUAAGGAAUUGCAAAAUCAAUUAGCCGAUGCGCAUUACCGAUUAAAUGAAUUGGCAAAUGAGAACAAAUUGUUAAAAUCGUUGCAGAAAAGGCAAGAUUCAGCGUUGAAACGUUACGAAGGAACGAACGCGGAACUUCCACGGAUUAUCAAUACCCAUCAUGAAGAGCUGAGAGUGCUUCAUAUUAAAUAUAAGAAAUUAAAAGCCUUGCAGAAGGAAACUUGCGAUUUACUGAAAGAAAAAGAAAACGAGCUUCAGCAGUUACAGGCGCAGAAUAAGCACUUGUUGCAGCUCAGUAAAGAUCGUAAUUUGGGGGAAAGGGAGAAGCUGCAAUUACAAGUUUCCGAUUUAAAUCACAAAAUACAACAACAACAAGAUACGAUACAGACAUUACAUAGAAAACUGAAUCUCGAAACUAAGAGCUUGAAACAGCAAUUACAAUCGGAAAUUUCUAAACGGAAAGAAACGCAAAAGAAUUUAGAUGAUGCCACAGAAAAAUUGAAAGGCCUGGAAAAUUUAUUAGAUAAUAGAGAACGAAGAUUAUAUUAUAACGAUCAAUUGUUUCCUGAGAAAAAUCGACGUUUCGGUACACGAUCUCUUACCAAUUUAAGAGAUAUUAGUUCGUCGAAUCCUCUGAAAUUACCGGAUAAAGACAAGAAAUGGCAAACGGAAAUUCAAGAAGACAAAUUGCCUUUACUUCGUACACCUGAUGCAGAAAGUAAAAGUAUGAAUACAGAGGAGAAAGUGAAUUUGAGUCAAACUUUAGACGGUUUAAAGACAGAGACAAUGGCAAACUUGGAGCAAGUGCGAAAAUACCGCCUUCAGAAAUCACCUUACAGAAAGAUAGACAAUGCUGGAGAAACAUCUAAAGAAUUAGAUUUAGAAACGAAAGAAGCGUCAGAUACUUCAACGGCCUUAGGUGAUUCUCUGCGAGAAAAGGAAGGCGAAGACGCUCAAAAGUACGAAAUAACUGCGAAUAAAUUUAGGAAACUAUAUGAAAACCGAAAAUACGAGAAUUUUGAUACAUCAUUAGAAAAGGAACUCGUAUAUUCGUCUGGUGGUAGUGAAAGUGAAAAUGAGAAUUUCAAAGAUAGUUAUAAAAUUGCAAAGAAGAAUUCUAAACAGAUGCGUGUUAGAUUAAUUAGCAGCGCAGAUGACACUUCUGAUUCAAAGGAACUGACAUUUUCGGAUAGCAAAUAUGAAGAUAAAUUAAAAGUCUUGGUUGGAGAGAGGACAAAUUCUUAUGAAAGUGACUCAGAGGUAGAAACUGAAGCGAGAAAACAAUCUAUUAAACACUAUUUGGAAGUGGAUCAUCAAUUGAUUUCAUCUGCAUAUGACAAUCAGUCUCACUAUAAUUCUGAUAAGGAAGUGGAGAAAUUGACUUCUUCAAGAAACAUUUUGAGCGGAUCACAAAGGCUUUAUCAAAAUUUAGUUAAUGAGAUGCUUGCACAGAGUAAAAAUGUUGAGAAUGAUAUUUACGUUCAGCACGACGUGGAAAGUAGUCAACCAGAAUACAAGAACUCAGCAAAUUUAGGAAAGAAUAUAUUUAAAAGAACUGUACAUGUGACUCAAGAAUAUAAUGAUACAACCGAGUAUGAUCUUGGAAAUGAAUCAUUGCAAACAUACUCCAAGGAUGAACAUAGUAAUGGACAAUUAGUAGUAGAUGAAAGUAUAGAGAAUCAUAAUUUAGAAGCAAGAAAUAAAUUAAAUAAGCAAGAAUUAAACAAACAAUCUGAAAGUAUCGAUGUACUGUCAGUACGUUCGCAACCUACUGACAAUACUGGCAAUGGUUCUGUUCAAUCUAGACUAAAUAAUGUUAACUCUACAUCUGAAAUUAACAUCAAAACAAAGAAGACUAAUUACAAUAAAGAGAAGUUACUAGCGUCCAUGAAAGCUAUAGAUGAUAACGAGAACAUUGAAUUUCUAAACCAAGACUAUGACAGACAUAAUGUAACGAGUAGAAAACAAGUAAAAGAUAAUGAACUGAAUAAUUUACCAAUUCACAUGAAGAGGAAGCAGGAUAUUAUCAAAGACAUAUUUGACAAUGACGUAAUUAAAAACGAAUCCGCGGAUAGUUAUAAUAAAUUACAUUAAAAUGUAAAUGAACAGAGCUU